AUGCCCAUCAAGGUUCAGCAUGUGAUGGACCUGUUCUCCCAGCUCGCUGAGGUGAAGGGCAUGAAGGCUGCUGUCAUAGACUGUGGUCAAGGAGCACUGGUGGCAGGUGCAUCAGCCUUUACUGGGGGGAUAUUGGCAGGUCCAGUUGGCAUUGCUGUAGGAGGAGCAUUAGGUGGAUUUCUUGGUGCCUGGAUGACUGCAGGACACUUCAGGCCAGUCCCUCAAAUUCUAAUGGAAUUGCCUCCAGCUGAGCAGCAGAAACUCUAUGAUGCAGCCAUGGCUAUUCUUAGGACCUUAAACUACACUGAUGCUGUUGGUCUGAUUCCUCUUGUAAUGGGAAAUGCUCGUCUCCGGCAGAUAUUCACAGAACUGCUGAAAACUUACUUCUCCAAAGAGCUAAAUGCAAAGUUGAUGUGUAGUAAAUAA